AUGUGGUACAUCAUCAGCUGGGCCGUUUGGGUGCUCAAGCAUGCUCUUGACCAGACCUUCGCUCCAGCUCCCAGAUUCAACGUCGAUGACGACAUCCCGGACCUGACAGGCAAGGUCGUCCUCGUCACCGGCGGGAACACCGGGAUAGGCUACGAACUAUGUCUGACUUCCCUCAGAAAAGGCGCCAAGGUGUACAUGGCCUGUCGGUCGGAAGAGAAAGCUCGGGAAGCUAUCCAUAGGCUUCGAGAGACGCUCUCUUUCACCUCCGAUAUCAAUAUCACCUACCUUCCGCUAGAUCUCUCAUCCCUCAGCUCCAUCCAUGCCUCCGCCGCCCAUUUCCUGGAAAAGGAAGAGAGGCUGGACGUAUUGUUCUGUAAUGCUGGGGUGAUGAUACCCGACAGGCGGGAAGUCACGAAAGAGGGGUACGAUAUGCAGUUCGGGGUGAACGUUUUGGGGCAUCAUGUGUUGGUCGGGUUGUUGAAACCGGCUCUUACUAAAACCAACACCUCAGAGUCGAACGACAAGAACCGAAUCAUCUUCCUCUCCUCGAUCGGGCACACCCUUUUCCCACCUUGGUACACCCAGGCGUUCGUACCCAGUUUGACGGUCCCCGGUCCUGCUAGGGACGGUUCCGGAUUGUGGUGGGCAACAGGGGGGAUCGGGUUGUGGGGGUUGUAUGGGCAUAGCAAGAUGGGCAACAUUCUAUCGGCCAAAUGGUUCCAAAAGGAACUAGGCGAUUCGGUCGUCGUUACCGCUUGUCAUCCCGGGUUAAUCUCUACCGAGCUAUACCGUACGACCCCCUCCUUCCUGACCCUCUUCACAUCUCCCGUUUCCAAACCACCUUCUUACGGCGCCCUCACCCCGCUCUACCUCGGGUUCUCCCCUGAGACGUCUACCAGCGCUAGCGGUGGACGAUACUACGUCCCCUGGGCUAGGGAGGUUCCGGGCAGUCUGGACGUCCGUGCGAGAGGGGAGGAAGGGAUGAGACAGGCCGAGGUGCUCGAUCGGUGGGUGCGAGAAUGUGUCAGAAAGUUGCAGACAGAGAGUGGGGACCGGAGUGCCUUGUAA